CCGAGUACGUGUGCACAGCUCCCCCUGCGCCUAUAUACUACUCUCUUUUCGGCCAACACGACCACAGAUAACUCCCACCCUUUCUAAAAGACACCCACUCUCAGCGAGCUACACCUACGUUGCUACAGCCCCUGUUUUCAGUCCACAAUCUCAGUCUAACCCCCGACGCCGCGGCGAAAACGCGUAACUGACAAUAAUUUUGCCUAAAAUAAAAAAAAGAUCCGGCUGCUCUACAGGCCAAUUUCGGAGCCAUUUCCAUUAUUUGAAAUUCGAACACCAGCGAUGACUUUUUGACGAUUAAUAAAUAAAAAAAAAAAUAACGGCAAAGACAUAAAUUUGUCUUCCAUAUAAUUGAUGACAAUAAAUUCGACUGAAUUAUUCUAUUACUACAGUAUAUAAAAAAGAGAUUUUAAUAUUAUUAUUGUAAGACAUUGUGUUUUAUUGACCAGGCGAGCGAUCUCAGCGUGAACAACAGCAUGUGGUGUAUUUGGCGCGCGUGGAGUGUGGUGGUCUGCGCGUGCGUGGUAUUCGCGCAGCGCAUUGACCAGGAACCACUCCUGUCUCCACGGCCGGCGAGGGUCCGGGACAGGGAGAUCGGGAAACCAGACGAACCUACCUGCGACCAGCUCAAAGCCAUGUGGAGGUUCUCAAAAAGGCAAGCGCGUGCACCGGAGUUCGUGAACCACGUGGAUUCGUAUCGUGACCCUCUCAUGUACAACGAGUGGCCGGUUUACACCGCACUACCCAGAGCUGCACCUAGAUUCAGAUACCAGUAUCCGACGUUACCGCGGGAAGCGUACGGCCGGGUCGUCACUAAAGCCCCGCCCAAUGUCGUCCGUACACCCGACUAUGAUGAGAUGUUUGGCAUGUUGAAUGUCCCACACACGUCUGGGAAGAUCCUCCGGUAUCCAGGCCCGUCGAGACCCAGGGGAUCCACGUUCAUGGUGCCACCGCAACGAGACAGGUUCGAAGCUCUGAAAAAGCUAAUCAGACAGGAGCACGUGCGCGAACUACAGAGGAAAUACGACACGGAACAGAAGCAGGAACUGAAAGAGAUCACAUCAGGCCGCGGUGGUGAUGACUACGUUUAUGGCAACUACGGUGAACAGGAGCCCCGAGGUUUGCAGCCUCUCCAGGUGGAAUACCCCGCUGACGAGCCCACCGCCAGGCACAACAAGAAACCACCAUCGCCAGGAAGCCGUCAGGUAUCCCAGUUCUCCCGCUACUCCGACGUGAUGCUGCCCCCAGUCCGCCGCACCUUCUACCACCCGUUCUUCGACUACCUGGCCCCCGAGUAUGUGCCAUACGCGUACUGAACCCUCCCCCACCCCUCGACACUAAAGGGCGGACUUUCUAUAACGUUCUAGAAAAUUCUACGGGAACCUACCCUCAAGGGCUUUACCAACCAUUGUUUCUACGCCAUAUCGGAACCAUAUCUUCGCUUCGCUUGGUCGACAGUCGUCUCUUAUACGCGAGCUUCGUGCAAAACUUACUGCAAUAUUUUUAUAUUUAUUCCCAGUUUUCUAUGUAGAUAUUUAACCUUUUAAUAUACCCCUUUUGAAUAAUCGCAUUGUAUUUUUCGAUAGGUAUUAAGAUAUGAGGAUAAUUCUAUGAAUACCUAUAUAACAGUCCUCGAAGAGAACCGUGGAAUUACGGUACUUCCAAACGUGACAAUAAUAUUGACUAUUCGUAUACAAAUCGAGCAAUUAAUUAUUGAAUACCCUGUCAAUUCCAUAUAAUUAUUAAUGCGACAAUAAUAAUACAACAUAUAAAAUUUAUAUUAUACUUAUACUCUGACAAUAAUAAUGUAUUGGUGUUUUACAAUUUGAUGUUUUGUAGAAAAUAAGAGUGUCGAAAAUUAUAUAUCUUAGUUUUAUAUUAAGAUUGAAUGAUUUAGAACGCGGCAUGUAGCCGGUCUACGAUUGCCAGGUUUUCGCUUUGAUUCUCCCAUUUCGUGAAUUUUCUCUGCUGGCAACAUUAUAAACAAAGGUCAUUUAUAUAUAUAGUUGUUUUAAUCGAUUUCAUAUAUUUUUAUUCAGUGGUUUUAUAUAUUUUUAAUUAAAUAUUUACGAGGUUCAGUCCGAGCCCGACGGCCUCUAGGAAUCGAAGCGAAAAGUUUUAAAUUCCUUAAUGUAUCUAUCGUUUACAUGUUUUAGUAUUAGACACUCACUAAUUUUUAAUGUAGAUACCUGUUUGAUAUUGUUUAAGUUCAUUUAAGCUCAUUAAAAACUAGAAUAAAAAUAAUUUGUAUUUGUGAUGUAUUUAUACAUGUUGUAGGUAUGCCG